UAGCAAAACAUUCGAAUACUUAUGCUUUAAGAAUCUGUUUAUUUUUUGUGUUAAAUGAUUAAAAAAUUAACACCUUCUUUCCUUUUAAAUCAUGUAAAUAGUUAAGACUCAUGCUGUAGCUAAGCUGAUUCUUUCUCUGUUUUAAAAAUAGAAAAUGCUGGAGCAGUCCUUCCCUUCCCCCACUCUGUAGUCACUAGUCCAAGCUAGCAAAUGUUACUGAAUGGAUUUCAGUGUUGUAGCCAUUCUACAGUAAGUACAGCAAGAGCCUUUGUGAAAAAGCGAAAGGAGGCAAAAAGGUAGCGGAGAUCAUUUGUGGAUGUUCGUCAGAGCAGAGUACCUGCACCCAUGACAGACAGGCUUUCCUCGAGAACCAGAUCAUGGCAACAAACACUGCUGUGCACAGGAGCCAGGAUCUCCCCAAAAGACGCCUAGAAAGUGUAGGGGAGUGCCCUGCAAAACGGAAAGCUAGCUGGGGUAUUCUGACCAGCCAAGGUUCUUGGGCAGAUCGCUCACCUCUGCAUGAGGCAGCCAGUCAAGGACGUCUUCUUUCUCUGAAGACUUUAUUGUCACAGGGGUACAAUGUAGACACACUAACAAUUGACCAAGUAACUCCACUCCAUGAAGCUUGCCUGGGAGACCAUGUAGGAUGUGCAAGAAUCCUCCUUGAAGCAGGAGCAAAUGUAAAUGCUACAACAAUUGAUGGAGUGACACCUUUAUUUAAUGCCUGUUCGAGAGGCAGUGCAGCAUGUGCUGAGCUCCUGUUACAGUAUGGUGCCAAAGCUCAGUGGGAGUCUUGUCUGCCAUCACCAACACAUGAAGCAGCCAGCAGAGGUCACAGUGAAUGUCUGGAGGUACUGAUAUCCUGGGGUAUAGAUGUUGACCAAGAUCUUCCUCAUUUAGGAACACCUCUGUAUGUAGCUUGUGUUUCACAGCAGAUCCAUUGCAUUCGAAAGCUUCUUUAUGCAGGUGCCAAUGUGCAGAAGGGAAAGCAUUUGCAAACUCCACUCCAUGCUGCUGCCCAGCAUUCUAGUACAGAGAUUGUAAAUUUACUACUUGAAUUUGGGGCAGACAUAAAUGCCAAAAAUUCAGAUUUUGAGAGGCCUGUUGAUUUAGCUGCCCCAAGCAGUUUAGUAGAAAGACUGCUGCUCUUCCACGAAGCCACACCAUCUUCUCUUUGUCAGCUCUGCCGACUACGUAUCCGAAAUUACAUAGGAAGAGCAAGACUGCAUCUUGUUCCACAACUCCAGUUGCCAACAAUACUUAAGAAUUUCUUACAGUACAGAUAACAUAGUAAUUAAUUGUUAAAAACUCAAAUAUAGUGAGUACAUUUUUUUUCCCUCUGUUUAUUGUAUGUUUUAUCUAAAGAACUGCUGGGCGGAAAAAAAAAGCCUUUUGCAUAUUGCUUAAAAAAAUUGUAUCUUUGACACCUGGUGUUGGUAAUGUAAUAGUAAUUGAGAGCCAUUCAGCAACUAGUGCCAAGGUGCUAAUCCAGCUGAAUUGAAUAAGUGUGCUGAUACUCUGGGACAUGAUUGUAUAACUUUAUCUUAACCCUUUAUAGCUUUAGUGCUGUUAACUUUAAUUUUGUUUAUGUUUUUAAAAUCUGUUUGACACAUCUGAACCACAAAGACUUUCUUUAUUAUUUGUUAAGUUUGUCCAUUUGGAGUCAAUAUUUUAUGUAUUUUCAAAUUUCUGUUGUUCAUGUACCUAAAAAUACUUGGUAAUGGGUGCACUAUAUGCAUUGAUAAAAAUAAAACAAUUAGACAUCAAUUCUUUUUCUUUUUCAUUAUAUAGAAAAUUCAUUAAUCACAGUGAGAAACUUACUUUACUUUUCCUCACUGCCUGUGCUGUGAAUUGUAAUUAAACUGAUGUGAACUUAACCUCAGUUUUUUAUAGCAUUCUGUUUACUGGUACAAUUAGUAACUUAUUUCUCAAAAAGCCUUAAUGCGGAGAUACUUUUGAUAUCCUCUUAUAAAACAGAAUUAUAUAGGCAUUUACCUUAUCUUUUCACAACAGUGCUGUAUCACAAGCAUGAAAUGGGCAUAUUAAAUAAUUUUUUGCCUCAGAGAAAGGCAAGUUUUAAUGUGUAGUGUCUGUGAGGUUUCGGAAAGCAUAUAGUGGAGAUGUGGAUACUGAAUCUUCAAACUGAGUUCAGCAGCUGAAUACAAGGUUUCAAAAAUGUCUGUUUUCUGUAUCAAGAUGGGUACAGCUCAUGAAAAGACAUUACUUCACUUACUACCUGUUUUGUAAACAUUUACCCACUUCAAAAAUCCUAUUGUAAAUUCCCAGAAUACUCCAGCAAGCAUUUCUGUGAAAAGCUAUUGUUCAACUCUAGCCAGAGAUAGAAUGGUGACACCCCUAAGAGGCAUUAGAAAAUCCUAAGGCUUUGCUUAUGCCCUUGAAUUUUUGAUGAUUGUGAUCUGAAUAGAUUAAAAUGCAGCACUCCUCCUUUUGCUGUUCUCAUUUGCUGUUCCUUUGAAAACAGAUUACUUUCUCAGUGACUGAUACUCAGUUCCUGCAAACCAAAGCAUGAAAACUUGCCAUUUGUCCUUGGUGAUUCACCCUUUUCCAUUCCUUUUCAGUGACUCCUUUCAGUAUUUAUGUUUCUACUGGAAAGAUGAUAAGUGAGGAACUAACUAUAGAGGAAGAUUUCACAAAGAGGAAUGCUUACCCAGUUGCUAAAUAAUAUGCUCCUAAUAAAAAAUGUAGCUGUCUUGA